AGAAACUUUCCAAACCAUAGUGAGUGUGUGAGUGACACACUAACAGAUACGCUGUCUGUUUUCACAGAGGAAGCCAAAGACAUUUUACAUCUAGGCUGCUUUCUGAAGACACAAGCAGGAAACAAACUAAAGGCAUGAAGUCAGAGGCCAGGGCCUGCACUGGGAGGAGCUGUGAAUGAAAACGGCUAAAAGUAAAGCUCAUCGUCUUUAUCAGGAUGGGCUGCACUUGCAGUGGACAAAAUAAAUUAAAUGAUGAAGGUUUCAAAGGAAAACACAACUCUGGGGCAUCUAACUCAUCAAAUCAUAUAGGACAAAGUGGAAAUACUAAUUCAGAGGACUCCCUGUUUGUGGCACAGCAUGAUUUCAAAGCAACCAACGACAGUGAUCUGUCUUUCAAAAAGGGAGACAAACUCAAAGUUUUGCAAGAAAGAGGAGAAUGGUGGCUAGCCGUAUCGCUGGUCACUGGAAAAGAGGGCUUCAUACCAUCAAAUUAUGUAGCCAGAGCAGAUACACUGGAAGUGGAGAAAUGGUUUUUCAAAGAAUUGAGUAGGAGGGAGACUGAACGAAUGCUUUUAGCCCCUGAAAAUAAACCAGGCACAUUUCUAGUUCGAGAAAGUGAGACCUGUAAAGGGUCCUACUCGCUGUCAAUCAGAGAUCAUGAUCGUGAACAGGGAGAUGUAGUUAAACACUACAAGAUCCGCUGUCUUGACAAAGGUGGUUAUUACAUCUCCCCCUCCAACUCGUUCCCAUCCCUGCAGGAACUGGUCAAAUACUACACCCGCACAGCAGAUGGGUUGUGUCAGCGGUUGUACGGUCCUUGCAAGCCAAAGGCUCCUCAGGAGCCAUGGGCUCACGAUGAAUGGGAGAUUCCUAGAGAGACAUUGAAAAUGGUUAAGAAACUCGGGGCUGGGCAGUUUGGAGAAGUGUGGAUGGGUUACUACAAAAACACCCAGAAGGUUGCUAUUAAGACCUUAAAGGAGGGAACGAUGGAGCCUGAGGCCUUCCUUCAGGAAGCAAACCUGAUGAAGCAGUUGAAGCAUGGUCGACUGGUACGACUCCACGCUGUGGUCACUAAGGAGCCCAUUCUCAUUGUGACUGAAUUCAUGAUCAAUGGAUGCCUUCUUGAUUUCUUAAAAACAGAUGAAGGGAAAAAGCUCAAGAUGAAUAAGCUGAUUGACAUGUCAGCUCAGAUAGCUGAAGGCAUGGCUUACAUUGAAAAGAAGAAUUACAUCCACCGUGACCUGCGUGCAGCUAAUAUACUGGUUAAUGAAACACUGCACUGCAAGAUAGCAGACUUUGGCCUGGCCAGAAUCAUUGAGUCUGAAUACACAGCUCAUGAAGGUGCUAAAUUUCCCAUUAAAUGGACAGCUCCAGAAGCCAUUAAUUUUGGCACAUUCAGCAUUAAAUCAGAUGUCUGGUCUUUUGGGAUCCUGUUGACGGAAAUAGUGACCUAUGGAAGAAUACCAUACCCAGGAAUGACAAAUCCAGAGGUGAUCAGGUGCCUAGACAGGUCGUACAGGAUGCCAUCGCCGGACGGCUGUCCUGAAGAACUUUACAAAAUCAUGAUGAUUUGCUGGAAACAGAAGCCUGAGGAUCGGCCGACUUUUGAAUUUCUCCAAAACACUCUCAAUGACUUCUUCAUCGCCACGGAGGGGCAAUAUGAGAUGCAGCCAUAAGUUACUAAACAUAAGGGAAAUGUUUCUCGCAGAUCAUCUGAAUGCAGCAAGGCAAGAAAUGUCAGACUUGAACUGGCAGAGGAUCAAGCAAUGAUCUGUAUGACAGAUUGAAAAGAUUCUUUGAACUACUGAGGUGGAAUUUACACUUUCACAGUUUUUUUUAACCCUCCCUGAGUGAAUGUAUAAAGUAUUUAAGGCUUUGUGUCUACAGCGGAAAUGAGCAUCUGAAAUAUUUUGAAGUCAGAAACUGACUGUGCUUUGGCUAAUGUUGCCUCCUAUUCUUGACUGAAGCCAUGGAUUGUAAGGAGGCAUCACUUGGACUAAUUGAUCAUGGCUGAAAGGACAAAUUCAGCCUAUGCCUGAUGUAAAGCAGUGGACCUGGGGAAGUCAGCACAUGUGAAGAAGGAUAUUAAACCCUUGUAUGGUACAGAAAUACUGAGAUUACAUGCACAAUACUUGGCACUUUUUAUUUCUUCACUCAUUCAGCAGGUUUAUUAUGUUGAAAGAAAAGAUCUUGUUAAAGACAUAUAGUCAUGUACUUCUGUAAAAAUAAAAUAUCAGAUUAUUUAGAAA